AAGCUGUGCUGCUUCGGCAGAACAGCUUCCUCAGUAACGUUAAACUAUAGGAAAUUUCGUGAAGCUGUUGAAACGGGAAGGCAAACUAUUCUCGCGUAGGGAAUUGUCGUACGUCGGCCGCCGUACCGACCAAUUGCUGACGCCAUAGUUCACUCAUUGGGAAGUCAACAUGGCAGGUAAAGGAGCAAAACAGAGAAUUGCAGGGAGGAAAGGUGGAUGUGAGCAAGAGGAAGAAGCGCCUCAGCUACAUGCAGUUUUAGUCGCUGACAGUUUCAACCGUAAAUUUUUCCCAGUGACUAAAGACCAGCCGCGGACUUUGCUGCCCCUGGGCAAUGUUGCCAUGAUUGACUACACGCUGGAGUUCCUCACCUCCACUGGCGUGCAGGAAACGUUUGUGUUCUGCUGCUGGAUGGCUAGCAAGGUCAAAGAACACUUACUGAAGUCUAAAUGGUGUCGGCCGACCUCCCCAAACACAGUCCACAUCAUCACGUCAGACUUGUACAGGUCCCUGGGAGAUGUGCUCAGGGAUGUAGACGCUAAGUCCCUUAUACGCUCAGACUUUUUGCUGGUCUAUGGAGAUGUGGUGUCAAAUAUUGAUAUCAGCCAGGCACUACUGGAGCACAGGCAACGUCGAAAGAUUGACAAGAACAUUUCAGUGAUGACGAUGCUCUUCAAAGAAUCAUCGCCGGGUCACAAGUCUCGCUGUGAGGAAGACGAUCUGGUCGUAGCCUUGGACAGCAAGAGUCAGCGAGUUCUACACUACCACAAAACACACGGCUUGAAGAAGCUACAUUUCCCAAUGAACAUUUUCCACAGUGGAAGUGAUGAUUUUGAAAUAAGGCACGACCUCCUCGACUGCCACAUCAGCAUCUGCUCACCACAGGUCGCUGAGCUCUUCACGGACAAUUUUGAUUACCAAACAAGGAAUGACUUUGUCAGGGGGAUUUUGGUCAAUGAAGAGAUCCUGGGGAAUCAGAUACAUAUGCAUGUCACCAAAGAUGGUUACGGCGCCCGAGUGUCCAACUUGCUCAUGUAUGACUCGGUGUCGUCGGAUCUGGUGAGGCGGUGGGUCUACCCCCUCACCCCCGAGUCGAAUUUUACGGACGAGGAAGGAUGGAGCUGCACAUACUCCCGCCACAAUGUCUACCGAGGGUCAGGAGUGAGCCUCGGCCACGGCAGCCAGAUGGAGGAGAACGUACUCAUUGGCUGCGACACCAGCAUCGGCGCCAACUGUUUCAUCUCCAACAGCGUCAUUGGUAACCACUGCGUCAUAGGUGACAAUGUAAUUCUGGACCACGCCCACAUCUGGAAUAAUGUUCACAUUGCCAGUCAUGUUGUGAUCAGUCAUUCUGUGGUCUGUGACAAGGCUGAGGUCAAAGAAGGCGUCCGGCUUAAUAAGCAGUGCGUCCUGGCGUACAAUGUGGUGAUUGGACCACACAUCGGUCUGCCAGAGGGCACUGUGGUGUCCAUGCAUCAUCCAGCAGAGGAGGAGGAGGAAGAUGACGAUGAAUUCCUCAGUGAUGUUGCCACGGUGGGGCAGAACAAAGACAACACCAAACAGAAAGUUUUUAACCCAGCAGAGGUUGGAGCAGAAGGACAAGGCUACAUCUGGAAGGCCACCAGUCUGGAUGACACGGAUGACGAAGAGCUGUCACAUUGUCUCUGGGGUUUGACGUUGAACCCUGACCUCGAGAGCGAGAGUGAGGACAGCGAGCCCGAUGGUCCUGAUGAUCCAGUGAUUCCCUCUCCUGAGAUGGAUGAUGUCAAAGUGUUCCAGAAAGAGGUGGUGGGCACCCUACAAAGAGGCUUGGAGGAAAAUAUCAGCUGCGACAACCUGGUACUGGAGAUCAACUCUCUCAAGUACGCCUACAACAUCACUCUGAAGGAGGUGAUGCAGAUACUGACUCGGGUGCUGUUGGAGAUCCCGUUGCAGCAGCAGGGCCCACAGCUCACCGCAGCCCAAUACGUUGCUCUGCUUCUGCCAUUACUGAAGAAAUGGUCACCGGUGUUUAAGAAUUAUGUGAAGCGAUCACAGGACCAACUGGACUGUCUGUCGGCCUUUGAGGAGCACUUCCUGGAGCAGGACAGCCAUUGGGCGGCCAUGUGCAAGAUCCUGAUGACCAUGUACCAGGUGGAGAUCCUGGAGGAGGAGAUGAUCCUGUGCUGGUUUUCUCAAGGAGCCACCUCUGACAAGAGCAGGCAGCUCCGCCAGAACCAGGGGCUUCUGAAGUUCAUCCAGUGGCUGGAGGAAGCCGAGGAGUCUUCAGAGGAGGACAGGGAAUAACCUGCAUCGCAGAAGGGUCAAUGGAGACAAAAAACUUGAGUUGCCACAUUUACACACUCUUCCGCAUACACGUUAUUUUCUGUACAACAUUUAGUUUUAACUCUGCGUGCUGUGAAAUGAUCCUUUAUUAAAAAAAAAAAAAGCUCCCCUCUUGACAACGUGCAACAAUGAAAUUAGGUACAACAUUCUCUAAUUACAAUGUUCAGUGUUAAAAUGCAAUAACAAUGCAUGAAUUAACAAGAAAAGGUUUUAUUCUAAAAAUAAAUCAAUCACAUCUCAUUCAUCCCUUAUCUCCCUUGAUUGACUGAUUCAGUAGUUUGGCUUUUAGACAUUGGUCCAUAUAUUUGUAGAGUAGAUACAGUAGAUCCAACAGGGUGAUUCCAUCCGUUAAUCGCCCCAUGUAACAUCUUUGAGUCAAGACUGCACUGAAAACACAUCUAUUUGGAUCUAUCGUCCUGUGUUCCCACCAUGCUGUAAAUGACACCGGCUAGCAGAGAUGCUCCAGUGAUGCCCGUAACAGCAGUCAGCUUCUUCCACAUGCUGGCUGAUCUCUCAUGUCGCUCGAUGUAGCUCUUGUAGGGAGUGGGUAUUAGGAGGUACUCGCGGCCAUCUUUCGGCGCCUGCACCCUGCCAUGGCCUCCCUCCAUAACCACCUCCCCAAAUACAGUCAAGAUGCUGCCCACCCGCAGCAUCUCCUCGCUCUCCUCCAUAGCCACGGGUCGUUCGCCGCUGAUGCCCUGCAACACCACGUUCACCAAGCCUUCCUCGGCACGUCUCACUCGGUGGUAAACCCGCUCCAGGAAAUACCCCGAGCCCUCCGAGGGUUCCUGCACCUUCACCUCAAAGUCGGUGAUGUAGGAGCCAGGGCAUACAAGAGAGAAGGGCACAGAGUUGUUGGUUUCUCUACUGUUCAUCCGCCGAGAGCUCCUAGAGCCAAUGGGAAUGUUAUCAGACAACAUGCUGGUACAAAGCAGACGUAAUAAAGGAAGAUUGAGAAUGUACCAUGUUUUAGUGAGGGAGUUCCAGUAUUCACCAUGUUCCUGGACUACUAUCUUCUGAAGCACACCAAAGCACCUUGGGACAAACUGGCUGCUUAGAGGCUUCUCACCUGCCUGGACAAGGCCUUGAAACAUAAUCACAUUUAUCACUCAGGAAACAACAUUUCUUUACCAUUUCUUUUCGCUACCUUCUACUGCAACAUACUGUAGCCUCCUGUGGGGAGAUGAUUUCAGCACUGUGUACAAAUGUUCGUCUGGUCUGAACACCGGUAUCUCCUAAACGUGAAUCACCAUUACGACAAAAUAAAACCAAAUUAAAAGUCAAACUGGCAAUUUUUUUAAGGGCAUCAACUUUUACCUUCAGCUUCGUCAACUCCUUUUUCUUCUGUUGGUAUAAAUGAUGGAACAAGCCUGAAAAGGCAAAACUGGAUCCUACUCCUAAUAAAACCAAAGUGCUGAUAGAGAAGUCGCCCAUUUCUGUCUAGAAACAAGCCAACACAAACUAGUAAACUACUAAAAAGCACUGUUUCUUUUUGAAAGUUAUCAGGAAAUUAAGUUUCCGUGAAAAUCAACCAUUUAAAAAAUCAAAAGUAACUACCCGCAUGAACAAAGUCUAAACCAGAGCUGUUUUUUUUCUUUCAUUUCCUUGUUCGUCUUCGUCUUCUUCAUACUGGCGGAUUGCAGCCAUGACUUUAAUGGUGCAUACCGCCACCUACUGUAUUGGAGCAUGUCACGUAGUUUACAGUCGGUACUAAAUAAAAAAGAUCUAUUAUAUAACCAUGUGUCUUAAAAAAAUCCGUAACAGCUCUCUGUGCGUCAUGUACGCCGGAUAGUUCCUAAAAUAUCCUGAAUAUUCUGUUAAUUUCACCGUAAUUAACUUUUCCAUUAACUCAUCGGACUUUGGCCGAGGGGCGAGAGACCAUAGGCAUCGACGCCGCAUCGAGCGCUAAGCCGCACGUCAACGUCGCCGCCAUAUUGGAUGUGUCAAGGCUACGCUGUAAAUUCAUACAAAUAAAUGUGCGUACUUUCAUAAAACGCCUUUCUAGAAAAAAUGUAUGUGUAAUGCAAUAACUUAAACUUCGCAGCCUUGACAUCCAAUAUGGCGGCGACGUUGACGUGUCGCAGCAGUGGACAAAACCAACUCGAUGCGGUGUCUAUGAGGGAGACACCCUGGACUGGUCGCCAGCCAAUCGCAGGGCUCAUCUCAUUAACACACUGGCGCUUCCCUAUUUCUCUAUUUCCUGUGAGUGUUACGUCACUUUUGCGCAGCCAAUUGGAAUAUUGCUUGGAAUGUAGUAAAAAUAGAUAGCCAGCAGAUAGCAGCAAUGUCUUUCCUAUUAAACAACCGGCAAGCCUCGUGUCGCUAAAAAGCUGCUGGCGGACACAAGAUAAGAUACUGUCAAGUGCGCAGUAAACAAGUUUUUUUGCUGUCUACAAUGAAUGCCAGACACACACGUAAUAUCAGAAAUAAUACAAAAGGGAAAACACGUCACAGUAAGCAAUGAAUAAACUAUGCUAUAAGAUAAACAAUGCAAAAAUACAAUAUAUAAACUACAUACAUCAGUCACAUGUUUUUUUUUUUACAUAUUAUUACCCCGUGAAGUAAAAGUACGCAAGCGUUCCUUGAAUUAACCUUCCUCUAUGAAUAUAAUGCAAAUGUGAUGUCGCAAUGUUAACUUAAUAAUAUUACAUUCAUAAUGUAUUCCAAUGUAAGCACGAUAUGAUUAUUUCACCAUGUUAUAGGUCAACAAGGUGGAAGUACAUAUAGUUUGUUUCCCCAUAUAUUUGUGGUUCAUUUAAUAGCAAAGAGUGCAUGUUUAUCUAAUAUUUAUCACCUUUAUUGAGGGUUUAACUAGCAGCACACAACAAAUGAUAUCCAUGUAAAUGUAGCAUAAUGGAAAGCGUUCUACGUAGCUAACUGAGAGAAAGAACGUCGAGUCAGGUAUGUUUACAUGACCCAAAUGUACUUCAUGUUUGUAUAGUGUGUCAAUAGAGUUGCAGGCCUGCGGCGUGUAGGGCAGUGGGACAAAGGCACGUCUCCAACACUAGGAUUUCGCUUUUUGGUUGACCAUUUUUAUAUUGUAAUUCAACUUCAUUCAAGAAUACGAGCUUAGUGUUAACACCGGUGUUGCAACUUAAUUCCUCCAUUAAAAAUACCCGUGAGGUGAGAGGACCUCAAUUAAUGGUGGUGAGGUCAGGGUUCACAUCACAUAUCAAUCAUAUUAAACAUCUCGACCUGUGUUGACUUAGCUGUUUCACGCUGGCACACAGUCAUGCAGUGGCACAAAAGUCCUUCCAAGUCCUACAUUUACGAGAAAAAAACUCGUAAUAUUAUGAGAAUAUAGUCGUAAAUUUACGAGAGAAAACUCAUAAUAUUACAAGAAUAAAGUCUUAAUUUACGAGAUACGGGAAAACCCUCAUAAUAUUACGAGGAUACAGUCGUAAAUUUACGAGAAAAAAACUCUUAAUAUUACGAGGAUAAAGUCGUACAUUCACGAGAAAAAAACUCGUAAUAUUAUAAGAAUAUAGUCGUAAAUUUACGAGAGAAAACUCAUAAUAUUACAAGAAUAAAGUCUUAAUUUACGAGAUACAAGAAAACCCUCAUAAUAUUACGAGGAUACAGUCGUAAAUUUACGAGAAAAAACUCGGAAUAUUACGAGAAUAAAGUCUUACUUUACGAGAAAAAAAUUAAUAAUAUUACGAGAAUAAAGUCUUGAUUUACAAGAUACGGGAAUAAGGUCAUAAUAUUACGAGGAUACAGUCUUAAAUAUACGAGAGAAAACUCAUAAUAUUACGAGAAUAAAGUCGCGAAUUUACAAGAAAAAACGUGUAAUGUGAGAAUAAAGUUUUAAAUUUACGAAAAAACAUGUAAUAUGAGGAUAAAGUCGUAAAUUUACGAGAAUUAAAUAAAAAAGUAUUCUCAUAAUAUUAUGAUUUUUUUCUCAUAAAUUUACGACUUUAUUCUCGGAAUAUUACGUUUUUUUUUCUUCUCUUAAAUGUAUGACUAUGCUCGGAAUAUUGUCAUUUUUUUCUCUCAAAUUUACGAUUUACUCUCGUAAAUGUGAGACUUCCUUCCCAUUAGUUUUUCCUCGUAAAUUUACAACGUUAUUCUUGAAAGCUCAGAUCAUUUUUUUGUGGCCCUAAUACUCGGUCGUAUGUUUCCACCAGAGGUGGGCAAUGUUGCACAUUGUGGUGUUAAACAGCAGCAGAGGGGGGGGCG